AUGGCCGGGCGCGGGAGACUCCACUCCCCACAUCGGCGGACCCGCCGCGCUGCGGAGCAUGCGCCGGGCUCGCGCCGCGCCGGGCUCGGUGUGCGCAUGCUCCGCGGGGACCGCUCCGCCGGCUCCGCCCGGGCGCUGGCCGGUGGCGGGCCCCGCGCCCCCCGGAGCCCGCUGGGCGGUGGGCGGGCCGGGGCCCCGGGAGCGCGGCUUCUGGCGGAGAGAAGCCAGCCGGCCGGCCGAGAGGGCCCUCCUGAGGUUCGCCCGCGCGGCGCCCACACUCCCCGGGACCCAGGACGUGCCGGGGACACACACCUGGUUCCCUGGAGCGGACAGCAUCCCCGGGGCAGAAGUAUCUGUGUGGGUCCAGUAUUGGAAUUUGAGAUGACUUGUGUUGGAGAUUAUUGGGUCCUUGGGCAAUUCUUUUGGUCCCAAAGAAAAAGAGGUAUGGCAAGGCUGACAGAUCAGGGGAUGACUGCCAUGAAAAUGAAAAUUUAUUAUGCUCACAGAUCCCGAGAGGAAAGGACACACCCCAUCGUGAGGAUCACACAGGGAAGCAUGGGUAAGUCAGAGGCAGACGGAGUAGGGAGAAAUGUUGGCAAAAGCCUUGACAGUGGUUUCUGCAAAAAGAAACAGGUUUAG